UCCUUUGUCGCAUCGUAAGCCAAUCUAGCAUUCAGAGUAGCAGACGGGUAUGCUAAUAUAUGUAGGAAGAAGUUAUUCAAAGAAAAGUUCAAAGAGUGGCAAUGGCAGAAGAAUCUCCCAGGCCAGUAUGCGCUAUGGAUGACAGACAAGGCAGGCAAGAGAAAGAGAGAUGACGGAAAAGAUACUGUCUUCUUCUAUGGCGAGUCACAAUGGGAUGUCCAAGGGCGCAAAAAAGCGCAGCCAGAGCAAAAAAGGCUAGAUUUGGAUCUGAAGUUGUUGUGGUCGAUACGCCUAGAGAGAUCUCUUACAAAACUUCGAAAGACAGCGUCGACUCCCCCUACCAGACCUCAGGUCUACCAGAUGUUACCGAGGGGAUAUAUUCUGACACAGAGACUGAAGAAGCACCAGACUUGCGACUUCGUUGGAAUGGGCGUUCCAGGUCGGACCUGAUUGCAGUUUUCAACUCAGCAAAGAGGGAUGACAUCCAUGCAGAACCAGAGACAGCUAAGGCCAAGUUUCUGGAAGCGCUUGACGGAUACGAACACAUUCUCGGCGCGACGCAUGAAGACACCACGAAAGUUGUAGUGGCCCUCGCCUCAUUCUUUACUCGACAAAAUCGAAUGGCUGAUGCCGACGAGGUCAUGGAGAAAGCCUGCCGAAAGCAUAUCGCGAAACUCGGUAUAGAGCAUAAACGCACUCAACAGCUUAUCAUGCAGUUUGCCGAGCUCUUGAAUGGUUGCAACCGCGAAGAGGAUGCUCUCGCUUUCCUUGCUCGUGCCAAAGAGUCAGCGAAGGGUAAUCUUGACAGGGGGUCGGCUUUGAGAAGAAAAGAUCCAAGAGAUCAUCCACGAAGAGACAACUCUCGACGCAAAUCACCUGCGCAAGAAUCAGAUCUCAUGAGCGUCACCCGCCAAAUACAAUCCGACAACGAUCCAGCACAAAUAGACCACGCUCUUGUGGUAGCCCGUGACCACGUCACAGAAAAGGACCAGGCCGUCGAAAGUUUGCUCAAGACCAUCGUUGAUCAGUGCGAGGGUAAUCCAGUUAUUCUUGCGAGGCGAAAUCUGCAAGCCAGAACCGAAUUGCUGAAGUUGUACAACAACUUGGGCGUAAGUCGUCAAGAGCGGGCUGAGUUCUUGCGCGGCAUGGCCGCACUCAAGCAUAUCAUUGCCAACACCGUGUGGAAGAAGCAACGGUUUGAGAGCUUCGAGGUCAUGGAGGCGUCACUGGAACUCGCCGCGAGCAUCCUGAAGGGAGGGUUUGAGCGCGAAGCUCAUGAAAGUUUCGUGAUCAUUGAAAACAAAGCAGACGAUGCGUUUGGGUGGGAUGAGGAACGUACUAUCUGGGUUAAGAUCAACAUCGGGAUAAUCUAUCAGACGCACAAGACUUGGCAUUUAGCAAAGCCGUGGUUCGAGCAUGCUUACGUAGCCUCGUCUACGGCGAAUGGCUAUGACGACGGUAUCACCAUAUCUCUCGAACAGGCACUGGACAAGAGGCAUUUCACUUACGUGUCGGACGAGGGCAGGCCUUUCAAAACCAUCUUUGGUGUCUGCGGUUCGACCAUUCGACCGAAUAGGCUGCAUAUAGAGUGAUGCUUUGUGGAUUCGUCUAUCUUUUUUUCUCUUUAUCUCCUAGUUCAGGUUCUAGCCUUUUGAAAAUUCAGUGGGUGCUAUUUCAAGUCCAAAAUAUAGCGAUAGAUUGCUGUUUCUUGUAGUGAUCG